UUGACAUUUUGGAAUUUGGAGUGGAAGAAUCAAAUUCGUUUCUAGCAAUUUGCUCUUUUAUAUUCUUCUUCAUCUCUUUAGCGUUUUAAACGCAGCAGCCCAGAAAGGUACAAACAGCAAGAAGAAACCAUGCCGAAGAACAAGGGGAAGGGAGGAAAGAACAGGAAGAGAGGAAAGAAUGAAGCCGACGAUGAAAAGCGUGAACUUGUAUUCAAGGAAGAUGGGCAAGAGUAUGCCCAAGUGCUUCGUAUGCUGGGAAAUGGCCGUUGUGAAGCCAUGUGCAUCGAUGGUACUAAGCGCCUUUGCCAUAUCCGUGGGAAGAUGCAUAAGAAGGUCUGGAUCGCUGCUGGUGAUAUAAUUCUCGUUGGACUUCGUGACUAUCAGGAUGACAAGGCUGAUGUGAUCCUUAAGUACAUGCCUGAUGAAGCAAGGCUCUUGAAAGCAUACGGCGAGCUUCCCGAGAACACGCGUCUCAAUGAAGGCAUUGUCGACGAGGAAGAUGAAGGGGGUGCAGAUGAUUAUGUCGAGUUUGAAGAUGAAGACAUCGAUAAGAUCUAGGGUUUUGGAAUUGCCUUUGUUCGAAUGAUUUGCAUAAAUGAUACAAGAGAGAUAUGGUUGAUGCUCUGUUAAGAAGCCUGCAAAAUCUGGGGUUUCUCCCAUUAGGUAUUUAUAAGUGCUGAUUAUGUCAUUAUUAGAUGGAUGUUGUUACUUUUACGGAAAUCGCGUUCCAUAUCUCAAAUUUACUAUGAACAGCAAUAAUGAAAGCUAGCUUACCAUGGGCAUUUUGCCACUAUGUUUAA